GAAAGACUAAGUAAGAGAGAAAUAGAAACCUCGGAUUCGAGCUUCAACAAAAAGAAAGAAAGAGUGGUCGCGUCGCAGUUUCACAACAGAGCCUGAGAGUUAAGGCACACAACAACUCUUUCACUUUUACUCCCUCUCUUCACUUCACUCUGCACAGGAGUAUCAUCAAUGAAGUCUAUUGGCAAUUAAAGACUGCUUUGAUUUCCUUUGCUGCUCAUAUUUGUUUAUUGGGGAUGUUGGAGGUCUCAUACGAACCAGUGAUAUGGUCAAAAUAGAGUUUGUAAGUGGGAGUAUGCCCUUAUCUUACAAUCUGAUUUGGUACGAUUGACUUUGGCUCAAAACUCAUUCUUAAGAUGGUAACAGAGUCUAUCUUAACUAUUGUUACCUCCAAUCAAGUGGUUAUUGUGCCACCCAUAGAUUCAAGUCGUUUUAAGAAGCAGCGUAAAUUUAUGGCUAGUGCUGGUGAUAGAGAGGAAUCUGAAUGGAUAGAUAGGAUAAUAUCUGAAGGAGCCGUUCCACUUCUUGAGCCAGAUAAUUGUUCAAAUGGUUGGGCUACCCCUCCUGGGGAUGCAUUCAUGGUCAGAGGCCCUGAGUAUUUUACAACAAGGGUUAAGGUUCCAGCUGGUGAUUAUCUGCUCAAGCCUCUCGGUUUUGAUUGGAUUAAAAGUUCAGUGAAAAUUGGGGAGAUAUUGAACAAUCCCAAUAGUCGAGUUAGGAAGGUCAUUGAUAAUGAGUUUCCAGCAGGUGAUAAACCCUUUUUAUGGGCCUUCAAUCUUCAAGUCCCAACCAAGGAUAACUAUAGUGCUAUUGCAUAUUUUACUACCAAAGAGCCAGUUGUUGAGGAUUCUCUAAUGGACAAGUUCUUGAAGGGUGACAAUGCAUUCAGAAACUCAAGGCUUAAGCUGAUUGCCAACAUUGUAAAAGGUCCUUGGAUUGUUAGAAAAGCUGUCGGAGAGCAGGCUAUUUGUGUGAUUGGGCGUGCCCUUUCCUGCAAAUAUUGCCUGGGGGAGAAUUUCAUGGAAGUAGAUAUUGAUAUAGGGUCUUCCAUGGUUGCAAGUGCAAUAGUUCAUUUGGCAUUUGGUUAUAUCUCAACUUUGACUGUUGACUUGGCUUUUCUUAUUGAGAGCCAAGUUGAAUCAGAGCUUCCAGAAAAGAUUUUAGGUGCCUUUAGAUUUUCUGACCUUGAUCCUGCUUCAGCUAGAACAAUCGAGCCGUCAUCUAUUGUGAGUUGUGACGAUGUACAGACAUCUUUACCAACUAGAUUGUGGAAGUCAAUUGGACAGGGAUUUUCUCAUAUUCUUCAUUCAGGUCCUCAAGAAGACGGCUUUACGUCUGAUUCACAACAUAGUAAAGUUGCUGUAGAUCACAAAGAUAAUCCAACUGACAACAAGAACUGAUAUACUGGAUGGAAUUGAAGGGGAACGGAGUUCCAUUUGAGGUGAUGAUUCUUUUAGCAUUUUUUUAUGAUUGGAUUCCAAGCAUCUGUUGUAUGAUUUAAUUCUUGCCUGUGGCAGUACAGUAUUUUGUAAUACUACAGAAAGAAACUUGGAGUGGCCCAAAUUUUUUUGGGCUGGAUUAUCAUGUAUAUCUUAUCUUAUUAAGUAAAUUCAACUAUUUAUAGUA